GGCGCUUAGGCGCUGGCGGAGGCUGCAGCUACCUCCGCGCUCGCUCCGCUCCCUAGGACGUGUCUGGCUCCCCCGAGUCGGGGGCGGCUCCCUUCCGCCUCGGAGCUGAGCUGCCUGGCUCUCGACGACUGCAGGCAGACCACUGCCCUCCAGAAACGAUGGGCGUCGCUAGACCCAGCUGGGACUCUGCCAGGCUCCAGCACUCAGCCUAAGGACGGGCCCUCUUCCAGCCCUGCUCUCCCUGCCUGUCAUGGCCACACUCGGCUGCUUCCCGCUUGUCUGGGGACAUAGGGCACCCAGCCCCAGCCCUGAGAGGUUAAGCCAGGCCCUCUGGCUCCAUUCCACAGGGGCACUCCGGGCACCAGGCCCCUUUCAGAGCAAGAGCGACUGAUGCCAUGGGAGAAGCCCCUGCCCACCUGCCCACUCACCUGGCGCUGCCUGCUCUGAGACCCAUGCACUGGGUCCCCCUGGAGGUGCCAACCCUGUGAACCCCUCCCCUGUCCCCCGACGCUGAGAAGGCCCUGUCCACCCCCACCAUGUGUGAGGUGAUGCCCACAAUCAACGAGGGGGACCCCCUGGGCCCCCCCCAUGGCGCCGAUGCUGACGCCAACUUUGAGCAGCUGAUGGUGAACAUGCUGGAUGAGCGGGAGAAGUUGCUGGAGUCCCUUCGGGAGAGUCAGGAGACCUUGGCAGCCACGCAGAGCCGGCUCCAAGAUGCCCUGCAUGAGCGGGACCAGCUCCAGCGCCACCUUAACUCCGCCCUCCCCCAGGAAUUUGCCACCUUAACCCGGGAGCUGAGCAUGUGUCGGGAGCAACUUCUAGAAAGGGAGGAAGAGAUAUCAGAGCUGAAAGCAGAGCGGAAUAACACAAGGUUGCUUCUGGAACAUCUGGAGUGCCUGGUGUCCCGCCAUGAGCGGUCGCUACGGAUGACUGUGGUCAAGCGCCAGGCCCAGUCACCUUCGGGGGUCUCCAGUGAGGUGGAGGUGCUGAAGGCCCUCAAGUCGCUGUUUGAGCACCACAAGGCCCUGGAUGAGAAGGUGCGGGAGCGGCUCCGAGCGGCCCUGGAGCGCGUUACCACCUUGGAAGAGCAGCUGGCGGGUGCCCACCAGCAGGUAUCUGCCCUGCAGCAGGGGGCAGGGGCGCGGGAUGGAGCGGCAGAAGAGGAGGGGGCCGUGGAGCUGGGACCGAAGCGCCUGCGGAAGGAUGACACGGGCCGGGUAGAGGAGCUGCAGGAGCUCCUGGAGAAGCAGAACUUUGAGUUGAGCCAGGCCCGGGAGCGACUGGUCACCCUGACAGCAACCGUGGCCGAGCUUGAGGAGGACCUGGGCACGGCCCGCCGGGACCUCAUCAAGUCGGAGGAACUGAGCAGCAAGCACCAGCGGGACCUCCGGGAGGCUCUGGCCCAGAAGGAGGACAUGGAGGAGAGAAUCACGACACUAGAGAAGCGCUACCUGGCUGCUCAGCGUGAGGCCACCUCCAUCCAUGACCUCAACGACAAACUGGAGAACGAGCUGGCCAAUAAGGAGUCCCUGCACCGCCAGUGUGAGGAGAAGGCCCGACACCUGCAGGAGCUGCUGGAGGUGGCGGAACAGAAGCUGCAGCAGACCAUGCGCAAGGCCGAGACGCUGCCGGAGGUGGAGGCCGAGCUGGCUCAGAGAAUUGCGGCCCUCACCAAGGCUGAAGAAAGGCAUGGCAACAUUGAGGAACACCUGCGGCAGCUGGAGGGGCAGCUGGAGGAGAAGAACCAGGAGCUGGCAAGGGUGCGCCAGCGGGAGAAGAUGAAUGAGGACCACAACAAGCGGCUGUCAGACACCGUCGACCGGCUGCUCAGCGAGUCCAACGAGAGACUGCAGCUGCACCUCAAGGAGCGAAUGGCGGCCCUGGAGGAGAAGAACACGUUGAUCCAGGAGCUGGAGAGCUCCCAGCGGCAGAUCGAGGAGCAGCACCAUCACAAGGGCCGCCUGUCUGAAGAGAUUGAGAAGCUGCGCCAAGAGGUGGACCAGCUGAAGGGUCGAGGGGGGCCGUUUGUGGAUGGCAUCCACUCCAGGUCGCAUAUGGGCAGUGCAGCGGACGUGCGGUUCUCCCUGAGCACAGCCACCCACGCGCCCUCAGGUCUGCAUCGCCGCUACUCGGCACUGCGGGAGGAGUCUGCCAAGGGCUGGGAGCCCUCUCCACUGCCUGGGGUGCUGGCGCCCACAGCCACCCCUGCCUUUGACAGCGACCCUGAGAUCUCCGACGUGGAUGAGGAUGAGCCAGGGGGUCUGGUGGGCUCCGUGGAUGUUGUCUCUCCCAGCGGCCACUCGGACGCCCAGACCCUGGCCAUGAUGCUCCAGGAGCAGCUGGAUGCCAUCAACGAGGAGAUCAGGAUGAUCCAGGAAGAGAAGGAGUCCACAGAGCUCCGUGCCGAGGAGAUUGAGACUCGAGUGACCAGCGGCAGCAUGGAGGCCCUAAACCUGACCCAGCUGCGCAAACGCGGUUCUAUCCCCACCUCUCUGACCGCCCUGUCCCUGGCCAGCGCGUCCCCUCCGCUCAGCGGCCGCUCCACACCCAAGCUCACCUCCCGCAGUGCAGCCCAGGACCUGGACCGCAUGGGGGUCAUGACCCUGCCCAGUGACUUAAGAAAGCAUAGGAGGAAGCUGCUGUCGCCAGUGUCUCGGGAAGAGAACCGGGAGGAUAAAGCCACCAUAAAAUGUGAGACUUCUCCUCCUUCCUCACCCAGGACGCUGCGGCUAGAGAAGCUUGGCCACCCAGCCCUGAGCCAGGAAGAAGGCAAAAGUGCUUUGGAGGAUCAGGGCAGCAACCCCAGCAGCAGCAACAGCAGCCAGGACUCCUUGCACAAGGGUGCCAAGCGCAAGGGCAUCAAGUCGUCCAUCGGCCGCCUGUUCGGGAAGAAGGAGAAGGGCCGGCUGAUCCAGCUGAGCCGAGAUGGAGCCACGGGCCAUGUUAUGCUGACAGACUCCGAGCUUGGUCUGCAGGAGCCCAUGGUACCUGCCAAGCUGGGGACCCAGGCAGAGAAGGACCGGCGGCUGAAGAAGAAACACCAGCUGCUUGAAGAUGCCCGCAGGAAAGGAAUGCCCUUUGCCCAGUGGGAUGGCCCUACUGUGGUCUCCUGGCUGGAGCUCUGGGUGGGGAUGCCUGCUUGGUACGUGGCCGCCUGCCGGGCCAACGUCAAGAGCGGUGCCAUCAUGUCGGCCCUGUCGGACACAGAGAUCCAACGGGAGAUUGGCAUCAGCAAUGCCCUGCACCGGCUCAAGCUCCGGCUGGCCAUCCAGGAGAUGGUGUCGCUGACCAGCCCCUCCGCCCCGCCCACCUCCAGGACUUCUUCCGGAAAUGUCUGGGUCACCCAUGAAGAGAUGGAAACUCUGGCAACACCCACUAAAACAGACAGUGAGGAGGGCAGCUGGGCUCAGACCCUGGCCUAUGGGGACAUGAACCACGAGUGGAUUGGGAACGAAUGGCUCCCCAGCCUGGGGCUCCCCCAGUACCGCAGCUACUUCAUGGAGUGCCUGGUGGAUGCUCGCAUGCUGGACCACCUCACCAAGAAGGACCUGCGGGUCCACCUGAAGAUGGUGGACAGCUUCCACCGAACCAGUCUUCAGUAUGGCAUCAUGUGUCUGAAGAGGCUGAAUUAUGACCGAAAGGAGCUGGAGAAAAGACGGGAGGAAAGCCAGCAUGAGAUCAAGGAUGUGCUGGUCUGGACCAACGACCAGGUGGUUCACUGGGUCCAGUCCAUUGGGCUCCGGGAUUAUGCAGGAAAUCUGCAGGAGAGCGGUGUGCAUGGUGCCCUGCUGGCCCUGGAUGAGAACUUUGACCACAACACGCUGGCCCUGGUCCUCCAGAUUCCCACACAGAACACCCAGGCUCGCCAGGUGAUGGAAAGAGAGUUCAACAACCUGUUGGCCUUGGGCACAGACCGGAAACUGGAUGAUGGCGAGGACAAGGUGUUCCGGCGCGCGCCGUCCUGGAGGAAGCGCUUCCGGCCGCGGGACCCGCACGGCGGCCUGCUCGGCGCCUCGGCCGAGACGCUCCCGGCCGCCUUCCGCGUGGCCACGCUGGGGCCGCUGCAGCCGCCGCCCGCGCCGCCGAAGAAGAUCACGCCGGAGGCCGGGACGGCGGGGGCGCAGAGACUGGAGCCCUCCACGGUUCGGACCUACUCCUGCUGACCCCCCUCCCGCCCCGGCUCUCGCGGGGGUGUGCCCGUGGCGCGGGCUCGCUCCCACUAUCUCUAUGGACACAUGCUCUCCGCCUUCCGGGACUAGCCACGGCCCCCAGGGCCAGCGUCCUCCUGCUGGGUUUCACAGGCUCAGCUGGCCCUGGCCUCUCCUGCUCGUUCCCUGGUCCUCUCACGGCUCCUAGUCUCGUCGUGACUUUCCGGUUGCCCUGGAUCUCAGAAUAUACUCGUCCACCCCCUUCGGCAUCCCACUACUCUGAGUCCCAUCGUGUGUCCUUUGUAAGUCUCUUGUGGCUGUGGCUGGGACUCGAGGUUGUCCAUGCUUGGGAUUCUGCAGAAGGGACAGGACAGCAGUAGCCCAGGUGGGGUUGUGACUUCACCCUCCCUCUUCUGGGCCUAGCCAGCCUGUUCUGGACUGCGACCUCCACCAGAUACCAGGAUGCCGUGCCAAGGGCUGAGGAUGGCCCUUCCAAGAAAACGGCACUUCGGACUCUGCCUUGCUCAGGCUGUUGGGCCUUCUGGUCCCCGUGCACAUCCUGCUUGUCUGAUAACUGGUUUGGGCACCCCCCAGCAUUAGCCCCUUUUCCCACCUUAUUUCCACAACGGCAGCUCCUGCCUCCAGAACCUCUUUGGGGGCUGGGAGGGGCUGCAGAAAGCCCCAUUCUCCCUCAGAUGGUGAGGCUGGGGAGGAGGAAGGCUAAGGUGGUGAUUCCAGGCUCUUGCUUAAGAUGAAUCCCAAAUGUGAGUUGGGGAAGAAUCUGAGAAAAACGGGCCUCUGAGCUUUGGGCCAAGGGUAAGGAUGGGGAAACUCUCAGCCCUCAUACCUAGUAAGAAGUGCAGGCAGGUCAGCUGGACAGAGAGCCAAUGGCCUGCAGUAGCCUUAAGUCCAAAGAGUGGUGGGAAUGCCUCCUACCCCAGCGGUAGCGUGGAGUUGCUGCUGGGGCAGGGCUGGGGGUUGUGUGGGGUCCUGGCUCUGGGGACAGAAGAGAGCUACCCAUGCGCCGUCUAUUCUGCUCAGCAUCCCCUCCCUUGCUGUCCUCCUCUGUCCCACUUUAGUAAUCCAGCCCCUAAGAAUAUACCCAGUGGGUGGAUUGAAGAUACACUGACCUUCAAAUCAGAUGUGGGAAAAAGGUAGUCCGGGGUUCUCUUCCCCUGAUCUCUUAGGAAGAAAAUAAAGCUUCUGCUUUAGUGAGCAUAUUCCAGGUCCAGGAAAUCCAGUGUCGAUGAAGGUCUUCACUCUCCUGCUUGCCCCUAAAUCAGCCAGUCCUUGUUCAGGGCUCUCUCAGUGUGCAGGGACUGCCUCCUCCAGAAAUUCCUGAGCCCCACCCAGCUUCCACCAUUUUAAUUGCUUCCCUCACGCAGCACGGUGGCAACCGGGGCUGGGGGAUACAGGUCCUAGUUUGGUCGGAAUGUCAUUCCCAAGAAACCCGUCUUAAUCCACUUCCUCGUCCUGCCAAAAUGCCUGGACAUGUUUGGGGCCCAAGUUCAGGGGGAGUUGAUGGAACCCAGGGCUUCAUCCAAGUGAGAGGAGAGGACACGUGUCUGGAGCAUGUUUUCUGGAGAGGUGCCAGUUCGUCACCUACAGGUGGCCGAGCAGCUGGUUUGCAACCUGAUCGACUUGGGUUCUGAGCAGGGGCUCGGCUAACAGGUGGGAUAGUGGGUCAGAGCACCCUGGCCCGCAGGAGUGAUGGAGCCUGGGAUGAGGCCAGGGCUCAGAGCCUUCUGUUUUUCAGCAGAGCAGAGGUCUGCCAGGGGCGGGGCUGGGUGGGCUCCCCUAGGUGUGGGCAAGGCCCCCCACCUGCCCUUGUUCUCCCUGGUUGUUCCUCGCCCUCCCUGUCCGUCAGGCUGCUGCAAAUGGAGCUGGACGCGUUCUUGAGCAGAAAAUGAGUUGGGUGGAGAGAAAAAGCCCCUAUCCUUGGGUAAUGGAUGUUAAGAUUAUGGAGAAACCCCAGGUUCCUAAGAUUGGUGGAGUUGGGGAUCACAAAGCCAUCUGACUGUGUCAGGGGACUUUUGACAGACUAGCUCAGUGGGAGAUUCAGCCCCAUCUUCUCCUCUACAACUUGACCCUGUCAUGGUUGGCCAUGUACCUGGGUCUCUUCAGGGCAUCUGGGGAGGUAUUGCAGGGAGGUGAUGGACAGGAGAACUUGUCCAUUCAGUGAUGGAAGGCUGUUGUCUUGGUGUAUCCCUUGCCUCACAGUCCGCGUAUUUUUUAUUUGGAGAGUCACCAGUGACCCGAAGCCCCCUCAGCAGCCUGCUGUAUCUUGUCAGUUCCCUUCUCAGUACUGUACCGGCCCAGUGCGUCAGGAGUGGAUGUGCGGGGGUGUAUGAGUGUGAUUGUGUACGUACCAAUAAACAACCCGAUGGUUUUAAGACAACCUA